UGCAGGCGUAGACGUACUCUCUUGUGGCGCUUUGAUAAACUAUAUAAAGAGUGAAUAUCUUCCUUUACUGACAGUCAUCAGCUGGUUGUUCUUCUCUGUGUCAGCCAAUCAUCACCUCAGCAAAGAUGGCAUCAGGCUUUCCGUUUGCUUUGUUGCUCUGUUUGUCCAUCGGACUGUUGGCUCCAUCUUGCAAUGGACAAACCUCCAACCCAGCUCGCUGCCCUCCUGUUUGGACUCAGUUCGGCUCUCGUUGUUUCAGUUUCAACUUCCACGCAAAGAGAUGGAUCGAUGCAGAGCACUUCUGCAAGGCCGCCGGUGGGAAUCUGGCUUCUGUCUACUCAGAAGAGGAAUAUGUAUUCCUCAAAACCUUCAUUAACCAAGUGACCGGUGAAAACAGACGGACCUGGAUCGGAGGCUUUGACUCAGUGAAGGAGGACAUGUGGAUGUGGUCUGACGGAUCCACAUUUGACUACAAAAGCUGGGCUCCGGGGCAGCCUGACAACAUCGACGGAGUUGAGCACUGUCUUGAGAUGAACUUUCAGGACAACUGGAACGAUGACUCGUGUGCCAACGUAUAUCCUUUUGUGUGCUCCAAGAAGCUGUGAGGCCUCCUGCCAUCAUGAUCUCACUACAGCUCAUCUAUAAUCUCUAUCACUGAUUCACUUUCAGUUUGUUCUGCAGACAGAAACAGCUCUCUGCUGACAGACUCACUUUCACUUGUUUAUAAUCUGAAGAGUUAGGAAACGGUUCACAACUGACUCUCUGAGCUGGACGAAAACAUAAUCAAGUUACUGGACUUUUAAUCUAGUAAAUAACACAAAAUGAAAUACAGAAAACAUUCAAAUACUCUGACAUCUUUUCCAUUUUAGUUUACUGAAUAUUGUCUGUCAGCGCUGUCCAAAGGUAACAACAUCCACCUACCAGACAUGAGUAGUAACGAUCUUCUCAUCCAAAAUGUCCAAAUAGAAAAUAAAAUCCAAAUGUUGUCUGUACGUUCUGUGAUACAAGAGGAGUUUCUGGGGUUGUUGGGUUCUUUAUUCAUCUGUUUUCCUUCACUUUAUAAUUAAAAAGCAUUAAAAAUAAAAGACAUAUUGUCA